AUGGCAUCUCCGGCCACCGUCGCAGCCCUCCUAGUCGUCCUCGCCUUGCUUGCCCAGCCGGCCGCGUCGUCGGGGUGCUCGGCAGCGGACCGCGACGCGCUGCUAUCAAUCCGCGCGGCGCUGUCGGAGGAGCGGCUGGGCGUGUUCUCGUCAUGGACGGGCACGGACUGCUGCGCGGGCUGGUACGGCGUGGCGUGCGACCCGACCACGGGGCGCGUCGCGGACCUCUCCCUGCGCGGGGAGGCCGACGACGCGGUGAUGGCUCCCGCGGGGCGGCCGGCGUCAGGGGUCAUGUCCGGGUACGUAUCCGACGCCGUGUGCCGCCUGGACCGCCUCUCGACGCUGGUGCUGGCGGACUGGAAGCAGAUCUCGGGGCCCAUCCCGGCCUGCGUCGCCACGUCGCUCCCAUACCUCCGCAUCCUCGAGCUGCCCGGGAACCGCCUCACGGGCGCCAUCCCGCCGCUGGCGGCCGUCGGCGGCGGGCUGUCGCGCCUCGCCGUGCUCGACCUCGCCGACAACCUGCUCUCCGGCGGCAUCCCGCCCUCCCUCACGUCGCUCGCCCAGCUCAAGCACCUCGACCUCGCCAACAACCGCCUCACCGGCCGCGUCCCGCCGGACUUCGGGCGGCUCCGGAUGCUCAGCCGCGCGCUGCUGGGACGGAACCGGCUGUCGGGCCCCAUCCCGGCGUCGGUGGCGUCGCUGCCCCGGCUCGCCGACCUCGACCUCUCCGAGAACCAGCUGACGGGCGCGAUCCCUGAGGGGCUGGGCCGCGGCUCCGGGACCGGCGGGAAUGGCGGCAACGUGCUGACGUCGCUGUACCUCGGCGGGAACCGGCUGUCGGGCGGCGUCCCGGCGAGCCUGCUCGCGAACAGCGGGCUCGGGAUGCUGAACCUGAGCCGGAACGCGCUGGGCGGCGGCAUCCCCGACGCGUUCACCCCGCGGUCCUACUUCAUGCUGCUGGAUCUGUCGCGGAACCGGCUCACCGGCGGCGUGCCGCGGUCGCUGGCCUCGGCCGCGUACGUGGGCCACCUGGACCUCAGCCACAACCGGCUCUGCGGCAGCAUCCCCGCCGGCCCGCCGUUCGACCGCCUCGACGCCGAGUCGUUCGCCAGCAACAGCUGCCUCUGCGGCGGCCCGCUCGGCAAGUGCACGUGA